CAUUCCAUCGUCCAUCAUCCCUUCUCCUCCUCUCCUCUCAUUCCCAUUUUUUAUUUUAUUUUGUUAAUUGCUGUCGCUGUGGGAACACAAUUUGCUCCUUUAUCCAGCUCUCAAUCCACACACGAUCGGGGCUUCAGUCCGUAUGCCUACUCGCCCUCAUCCUGUGAACAUUUCCCUUCAUAGUUUGACCAACCAUCCCCUAGGAGGCCACGACAUUCAGCAUGACUCUUGAACGCUCCAUCAUUCCGAUUCAUUAUAACUUGAAGAUUGUGCCUUGUCCCGUCGACUUUACAUUCCUUGGCGAAUGCUCGAUCGAGAUUUGUAUUGCCGAGCCAGCAUAUGGUAUCACCUUAAACGCAAAAGAGCUUAACAUCCAGACAGCAACUGCUAGAGACCAACUGGGGUACAGCGUCACUGCAACGAGCGUGAGUUAUAAUGUCGAAGAAGAAGCCAUCACCCUCGAGUUCCCAGAGAUCCUGCAUGUCAGCACAUCCUGGAUCCUGGAUGUUACCUAUAUUGGUCUCGUCAACGACAAACUGAUCGGGUUCUAUCGAUCCGUAUACACCGAUACCGACCACAAUGUGCAUCAACUGACAACGACGCAGUUCCAGUCCACACAUGCCCGAAGAGCAUUCCCGUGUUGGGACGAGCCCUCCAUCAAGGCCACCUUUACACUGACAUUGAUCGCUCCCCAGGGCAUGACCUGUCUCUCUAACAUGAGCGUGGAGUCGACAAGCAUGCUCGAGAACGGAAUGCAAGAGGUCACUUUCCUUAAGACGCCGAUCAUGGCUACUUAUCUACUGGCAUGGACAAUUGGUGAUUUUGAUUAUAUCGAAGCCUACACCUCUGGCGAAUUUAGUGGCGAGCAGGUACCCUGUCGCCUGUAUGCCCCAGUUGGUCUUGCGAGGCAUGGCCAAUACUCCUUGGAUCUAGCUGUCCAGUCAGUCGAAUACUUUUCGCGUUUAUUCAAUAUACCCUAUCCGCUGCCCAAACUGGACUUGGUCGCAGUGCCUGACUUUGCCCUCGGCGCCAUGGAAAACUGGGGGCUGAUCACUUUCCGAACAUAUGCAGUGCUGUUGGACGAAUAUGGGACGAAUGAUAGUAAGCGCGAGAUUGCUUCAACAGUUAUCCAUGAAAUUUCUCACCAGUGGUUCGGAAAUCUGGUGACAAUGGAUUGGUGGUCAGACCUAUGGCUUUUUGAAGGGUUUGCCACACAUCUGGCGUACAUUGUUAUCGACGAGCUGUUUCCGGGCUGGGACAUCUGGUCUGAGUUCGUAAAACGGAUCCAAGAGGUGCUGAAACACGACGCUCUGCGAACAUCGCAUCCUGUAGAAGUAGGUGUUGCCAAUCCAGGCGAGAUUACUCAAAUUUUCGACGAAGUCAGCUAUAUGAAGGGUGCAUCGGUCCUCAGGAUGUUGGGCGCAUGGUUAGGCCAGGACCAGUUGCUGAAGGGGAUCAGAAAGUUCAUGCUCAAGUAUAUGUGGGGGAACGCCAACACGGAGGACUUGUGGGUCACUAUGGCGGAGGAAUGCAAUGUUGAUGUACCGGGGUUCAUGCGCAAGUGGACAAGACAGACUGGGUACCCAGUGUUGUCGAUCACCGAGCUGGACGAGUCAACAAUAGUGGUCCGACAAAACCUUUUUCUCUCCACAGGCGAUGUCCACGAUGAAGAAGAUACUCUUCUUUGGCCUGUGCCUUUGGCGGUUGCUACUGCCAAUGACCCAACUCCUCGGAAUAUUAUGCUGAAUACCAAGGAAAUGAUCCUCAAAGUCGACACGACGAAAUGGUACAAGUUCAACAUGGGUCAGACGGGGUUCUAUCGUGUUGCAUACCCGCCCAAGACGCUGGAUCUCUUGGGACAGACAUUAGGAGCACGAAAAGGCCACGAGACCUUGGAUGCCGCAAAUAGGAUCGGGCUGUUAACAGACGCGGCAGCGCUAGUUGCGAGUGGCCAUACUCCAACGAGCAGCUUCCUGACCCUGUUGAAGUACUUUGAGGACGAGGAGGAUUAUAUGGUUUGGGCUGAGAUCUCAUACAGGCUCCAGGAGCUGUUCUCAGUCUGGCUAGAGCAGCCUGCGCGCAUCAUGAAUGCUCUUAAAGAGGUUCAGCGACGUCUCUUCACAAAGGUCGUGAAACGCUUGGGCUGGGACUAUCCUGAAGAGGAGGAUCCUGCCAUUGGAACAUUACGUGCCUUGGCUAUCCGUUAUGCGGGACGAGCAGGCGACCCAGAAAUUGUGGCCGAGGCCAGGAGACGGUUUAGAAUCUUCAUGAGCAACCGUGACAUGUCGGCAAUCCCUCCAGAUCUGCGCUUUCCUGUGUUUGAAAUCGUUCUCCGGACGACAACCGGUGUAGAAGAAUAUGAGGCAAUCGUGGACUAUUAUCGCGAGACAUACAUGCCCGGAGAGAAGGUGGUAGCGCUCACAGUGUUGGGCUAUGGCCACUCACCCGAGCUGAUCCACCGGACUCUCGCCUUCGCCAUGUCGCCCGAAGUUCGCACACAGGAUAUCCUUACUGCGAUUGCGACAUUGCGGUCGUCUGUGCUUGGACGAGCUGAGCUUUGGGGCUUUAUGAGGCGUAACUGGGAUGUGUUAUAUGAGCGCCAUUGCGACGACAUUCGAUUCCUAGAAUUCUUUGUCCUCUUGUGCAUAGGGUCAUUCUCAACCAUAGAGAGAUAUCGCGAGUGCCAAGAGUUCUUUGCCACGAAGGACAGGAGUCUGUACGAGAGGAUCCUGGCAACUUGUUUAGAGGAAAGGGAUCGGAAGGACGUGGAGCUUUGGUUGAGGAGCAACGGCUACUUGACGACUGGGCUUGAGGAGGAUCUGCACCUGCACCGAGAGCGAAAUGUUCUGCAACUGCAACAAUAUCAGCAACAACAUCAGCAUCAACACCAACAUGAACGCCAGCAACAGCAGGCGAUAUUGCCGCAAUGUCGCCAGAAAGUUGGCUUGGAUUUGGGUGCCACGGUGCACCAGAUGAGCGAAUUGAUGGUGCUCUCGGCAGCAACUGUUACUGUUGCGCCACGGACACUGGAGGGAGAAAUGGAGCUGCUGAGAGUUAACGGCGAAGAUGACUAUUGA